CUCAUUAAACGGUAGUACAGCAAACGAUAUUUCCAAGCGAGGUUACUUCAAUUACAGUGAAUAGUGAUUGUUUUUCGUGAAAGUUCAAUAGGUUAUGAAAAAUGGGUAGUGCUCAAUCAGCUUUGAAUUUUGGUGCUGGACCAGCAAAAUUACCUAGAGAGGUCCUCGAAGAAGUCCAGCGGGAUUUUCUUUCCUACCAAGACUCUGGCAUGAGUUUCAUUGAAAUGAGUCAUAGAGGCAAAGAAUACACCAAAGUGAAUAAUGACGCUCAGAGCAUAGUGAGAGAACUUUUAAACGUUCCCGCCAACUACAAGAUCCUCUUCAUGCAGGGCGGCGGCACUGGCGCUUUCGCCGCCGUCGCGAUGAACCUCAUGGGCCGGACGGGCACGGCCGACUACGCUGUCACCGGCACGUGGUCUUCCAAGGCCGCCAAAGAGGCCGCAAAAUACGGGGAAGUGAGGCUGGUGUACCCGCAACAUAAGAAGUCAGGCAGCAUCCAGGACCAGAGCACCUGGACGUUGAACCCGAACGCUUCAUAUGUGUACUACUGUGAUAACGAAACUGUCGACGGUGUUGAGUUCCCUUAUAUUCCUGAAACCAAUGGUAUUCCUCUAGUUAGUGACAUGUCGUCAAGUAUAAUGACCAAGAAACUAGAUAUUUCAAAGUUUGGUUGUAUUGUUGCUGGUGCCCAAAAAAACAUCGGACCAGCAGGUGUAGUCGUAGUUAUAAUAAGAGAAGAUCUGCUAGGAAAUUCGAUGAAGUGUUGUCCAUCAGUAUUCGAUUUCACCUAUAUAGCCAAAGAAAAUUCAGUGCAUAAUACACCAGCAACCUUUUCAGUAUACGUGAUGGAAAGAGUUCUCCAAUGGAUAAAGAAAAACGGAGGAUUGGAAGUGAUGGAAAACCAAGCGCGAGAAAAGUGCGGCCUCCUAUACAAAACGAUGGCAGAAUCGAAAAAAUUCUACACUUGCCCAAUCGACGAGAAUGUCAGAAGCAGGAUGAACGUUCCAUUCCGCAUUGGAGGAGGAGACGAGAAACUCGAAGAGCUAUUUUUGCAAGAAGCGGAGAAACUGAGAAUGCAUCAGCUCAAAGGGCACAGAUCAGUUGGAGGGAUUAGGGCCAGCUUGUACAACGCAGUGACCCUUGAUGACGUCAAGUUACUAGUGAAGUUCAUGAUUGAGUUCCAGGCUACUCACGGACCGAAGUGAAAAAAACACUGAAUAAUUGUUUCCUUGAAUUAUAUUUUCAAUAUAUAGAAGGGAAGUGUCUAAUGGG